CGCCGCCGUCGGUUGAGCUUAUGGAAAUUGUAUGUCCGUCAUUUCAGUACGAUUUGGACGGUUAAACGUAACACAAGUGCAGCUGUGGUCUCGCCGUUGAUGUCGGAAUAUUCAAAAGAAUUUAACGAGUUGUGGAUUCGAGUGCGGUUAGCAAAAGUAGAAUAAAUUAAUUUCAAUAUUUUUGAUAAAACCAAAUUACUUUGGCAAAACCUUUAGAAAAUUAGCAUCCAAAGUGAAACUCGCUGUUGCCGGAAAUACGAACAUAUAAACUAAAACAACAAAAAGGAAAACGCAAUAUUUACUUAUCUGUUGGUAAAUAAAUAAAAAAAUCGAAAGUAUAUUCGAUAACAUUAAAUAAAAAAAUCACAAAAUAAAAAAGUUUUUGCAAAUUUCUUGUUUUUUUUUCAAAAAAAAAAGUGAAUUUCGUGUUUUCAAAGUUUUUUGCAACAUUUUAUGUAAUUUGUUUCGCUCAACUAUUUUGCAUUUUUUCGGCUAAGAAUUUUGCGAGCAAAAUUUAUUCACCAGAAAUAGUAAAAGUUUCCAUCAAAAUAUUACAAAACAUACAAAAAAGGAAUACGGCACGGCGUGUGUUACCAAGCUAGUUAAAGCAUAACAAAUUGCAGCUUACAUACAUACAUACGUAUCACAUAACAAUUUAACUAAGAAGAAACAAGUUUGUGUCCAUAGUCUUUUGUGUGUGAAAUCUGAGAUUUCUACUGCUCGAUUACAGAGCAAUAAAAUUCUGCAGAGAACUGCGAAGUAAGCGAAACUACACAAACGGGUAGUAAAAUUUGAAAGAAAAAAAAACAAAUAAAAAUAAAAACAAAGCAAUAAACUGAAGAAUUUGACGAUUUUUUAGUUAAAAAAAAGAGUUUAGCAGCCAAGCAGCAUCGAUUGAGCAAAAAGCAGCCGGUGGCAGAGGAGCAGAGAAACACGUGUUGAGAACUUUUGCACGCAACUUAAUUUACGGAUUUUUAAAAAUAUCAAAUUUUGUGUGGAGCACAAAGCGUUGCAUAAAAACAAAGGCAUACAAACGACCUACUACAGCUACACCCAUGCCCAAUGUACUGAUAUUUCGGAGUUUUAAUUUUUGAUUUAGAAAUACCAGUAAUCAGCAAAUUACAAACCUAUGACUUCGAUAUUUUAAUUCAAAAUUGCAAAAUAAAAACUACUAAUUUGUUUACUUGCGAAAAAGCAUAAACAAAUUAGUACUCAAGCAGCCAAUAAUUCUGCAGCAACAACGCCAGCUGACGGUCUUUCACCGACGCAAUCAACUGCAACUCAGGCUAAAUGUUGAUAACAGCCGCCAGCGAUCCUGUCAUGGCCACAAACAAUGAUGGCGGAACAGCAGCACAAUGGAAUCGGAGCUCACAGGCUGCCGUGUCGGUGCGACAUGCCUUCAAAGCUUACGGCAAGAAGAAGAACGCCAACCAAGUGUUGAAUAAUUUAAACAUGACCGUACCAAAGGGCACAAUCUACGGCCUCCUAGGCGCCUCUGGUUGUGGCAAAACCACAUUACUCUCAUGCAUUGUGGGUCGACGGCGUAUGGACUCGGGCGAGAUUUUCGUGCUCGGCGGUAAACCAGGUACACGUGGCUCCGGCGUACCCGGCAAACGUGUCGGCUACAUGCCACAGGAGAUCGCCUUGUACGGUGAAUUCUCGAUACGCGAGACAAUGAUGUAUUUCGGUUGGAUAUUCGGCAUGGGCACCAAGGAGAUCAUGGAGCGUCUGCAAUUCUUAUUGAAUUUCCUCGAUCUGCCAUCUGAGAAGCGUUUGGUGAAGAACUUGAGUGGUGGCCAACAGCGACGUGUCUCCUUUGCUGUGGCACUUAUGCACGAUCCGGAAUUGCUGAUUUUGGACGAGCCAACAGUGGGCGUGGACCCUCUAUUGCGACAGAGUAUCUGGAAUCACUUGGUGCAUAUCACAAAGGCUGGACAAAAGACAGUAAUUAUAACGACACAUUACAUUGAGGAGGCGCGUCAGGCGCAUACGAUUGGCCUUAUGCGCUCCGGUCAUUUGUUGGCUGAGGAGUCACCCAGCGUUUUGCUGUCAAUGUACAAAUGUAUUAGUCUGGAAGAGGUUUUCCUGAAGUUGUCGCGCAUGCAAAGCCAAAAAGGAGAAAUCUCGAAUGUGAAUUUUAGUAAUAAUAUUUCAUUACAUGCCAUGGCAUUCGGCAGUAAAAUGGAUAAACCCAGCUCGAGUCAAGAAGGUGGCGUCGUCGGACUGAAUUUCCAUCAAAGCAAAGAAGUGCUGAUCACCGAAACAAAUGGAUCCGUAUUUACGUUGAACCAGGAGCCCUACGAUCCGCCCCCCAUGAAACGCAAUAGUCCCAAAGAUGAGGAAAGCUGCCAAGAUUGCUGUGCGAAUUUGUGCAAGGUCACAACUAAGGGCAAAAUGAAGGCAUUGCUGACCAAAAACUUCCUACGCAUGUGGCGUAACGUCGGUGUGAUGCUGUUCAUUUUCGCGCUGCCCGUAAUGCAGGUGAUACUCUUCUGUUUGGCAAUUGGACGUGACCCGACCGGUUUGAAUUUGGCGAUCGUCAACAGUGAAAUGAACAAUACAAAUAUCUGCUAUUGGGAGGAUUCUUGCCAUUUCACGAAUCUCGGUUGCCGGUAUUUGAGCCAUCUGAAUGACACUAUGGAUAAGACGUACUACACCGAUCUGGAGGUUGCUAAAAAUGAGGUGCGGCAGGGCAGAGCUUGGGGUGUGCUCUACAUAACGGAGAACUUCACAGACGCAUUUGUGGCACGUGUGGCAUUGGGACGUGAUGCUGAUGAUGAGACUAUUGAACAAUCGGAAAUUAAAGUUUGGCUGGAUAUGUCCAAUCAGCAAAUCGGUAUUAUGCUGAAUCGUGACAUACAACUGGCCUACCGCGACUUUGCCAUGUCAUUGUUGGAUCAAUGCGGCAAUAAUCCCAAACUCGGCGAUGUGCCAAUUCAAUUUAGAGAACCCAUUUACGGCACAAUGAAUCCAUCAUUCACAGAUUUCGUCGCCCCAGGUGUGAUAUUGACAAUUGUUUUCUUCUUGGCUGUGGCAUUGACGUCAUCCGCUUUAAUCAUCGAACGCACUGAGGGCCUACUCGAUCGCUCUUGGGUUGCUGGCGUUACACCCGGUGAAAUUCUCUUCUCGCACGUCAUCACCCAAUUUGUAGUUAUGUGCGGCCAAACAACACUUGUACUCAUCUUCAUGCUGGUCGUUUUCGGUGUUACAAAUAAUGGCGAUCUCUUCUGGGUUGUCGUCUUGACUCUCUUGCAGGGUCUUUGUGGCAUGUGCUUCGGCUUCCUCAUCUCAUCCGUCUGUGAGUUGGAACGUAACGCCAUACAACUGGCGUUGGGCUCAUUCUAUCCUACGCUACUGUUAUCUGGUGUGAUUUGGCCCAUUGAGGGCAUGCCCAUCGUGCUGCGAUACAUUUCGCUUUGCCUGCCCCUGACACUCGCUACCACUUCGCUGCGCUCGAUAUUGACGCGCGGUUGGGCAAUCACAGAAAAAGCUGUGUACUCUGGCUUCCUGAGUACGUUGGCGUGGAUCUUUGGUUUCCUGAUACUGACGCUGUUGGUGCUACGAGCGAAGCGGGGAUAAUAAAUAUGCUUUGCCGCAGGGACAACAAAUUAAAUUAAUUUUUUUUUUAUUUUAACUUACGAUACUAGAAACUGUACAGAAAUCAGAAAUGUAAAGAAGAAGCAUUGGCUUAAUAAAAGCCUACCUGUAAAUGGUUAGCAGAUACAGUGCAUAAGACCUUAUCCAAAGUAUGUAUGUAUGUGGGCGUGUUCGAGAAAUGCCCCAACAAAUUUUAGCUGAGCUUUAGUAGUAGAGAGUAUACAUAUAAAGCAAAAACAAAAAGAAAAGAAAAAGAAUAAGAAAAACAAAAACAAAUGUUUAAGGUGUCUUGUCCUAAUUUUAGCAUUAAUUCAUAUUUAGUACAUAUUUUUUAUUUUCCACAACGCGCAACUUCAUCUGCUUACAGAAGGGUAUUAAAUUUCCAUAAACAGAAUAUCUACUAUCGAAAGAUAUAAAUACCUAUGAUUUUCAAUUCACGCGCUCCGACUUUAAAUGAGACUUAGCACUAAAAUAAACCAAGCAUUCCCCAAAGCCCGUUUAUAUUUCCACUAAAACCAAGAGUGGUGUUAGUUGUUGUUUUAAUAAGCGUUUCCACCGCUAUAGAGUUAACGCAACCAAUUGAUUUUUAACGCGAUGGAGAGAGUCAUAAGGAGGAGCCGAUCUUGGUGCUGCUACUUUGCUCUCAGCAAAUUUGGCAGCAUCGGUGUGUGUGUGUGAUGGCUCACUUGUGUCAUUUAUUCGACAGCUGUAACUUCGAGUUCUGCUUGCAUUCUUUUUCGCAUUUUCACAUCUCGCUCAUGCAACUGCACCAAUGUGACUAUAUGCACUCUCUGAUGGGCGCAAUCAUAUUUUUAUCUUGUGUGAAUUUUUUUUUGCAGCGCUGGUUUACUGAUAACAGAAAUGUAUGUAACAGAGAACUGAGAGUGAAGAGAACUAUCUGCGAAUAUUACAGAAAAUAUAUAAGUAUAUAAAGGAAACGAGUGAUUUUCUACAGAAUAACUCUUUCUCAAACAACUUUAUUAAUGAUUUCUCUCCUGUUUGCAUAAUUGCGGAUCUGACUGCGGCUGAAGUUAUAUUGUAACAUUUUUUAACAUUUGAAAAACGACUCUCACUGUUAACAUACCAUUUUCUGUUAGGGUAGCUAAAUUGCGUUAACUCCGCUCUGUAAGCGAUUUUCACACAACAAUAAUUUCACAGAAAUUAGCGCCAGCCCAAUUGAACUGCCAUUCAAGGUUCGAUGGAAAUAUAGUAGUUUGCAACUCUUCAAAGGAGUUAUAGGUCAAUCAAAAUUUUAUAAAUUUAUAUUUUCUACAUUUUUGAUUCAAGCAAUGUCAAACGUCAAUCGAAUUGAUUCGCUGGCGCUAACACGUAACAAAAAAGUCUCCAAUAAGUCUCAAAAUCUCUUUAUCCCUCCUCUAAGCAAAGUUCACUCAAUUUUUUAUAUUCAUAAUUUUUUGCUUUUCAUAGCGAUACGCUGUGCUGCACACACGAUCAUACGUUACUUGGAUAUGACAUACAUACAUACAUAAACCUGCCUAUAAAGAAUUGUAUGUCUGUGUGCGCGCAUCAUUUCCAUUCUUUAGGGUUUUUUUUCGCUAUAUAUGUAUUUUUUUUUUUUAAUAAAUAUAUUAAUAUAGUUAUCGAUUUAGUUUUGAUUUAAGGUUUAGGUUGUAUUUUUAGUUGUUUUUUUUUUUUUAAUUUAAGAAAACUUUAAAAUUUCCUUUGUAAAUAAGUGUAAACGCAAUUCUCAACCAAUUAGCUUAAAGGCAUUAUUGCAACAACAAAAUGCAAAAAAUGUAACAACAAGAACAAAAAUAAUAUAAUACAACAACGAA